AUGGGCGCGCUCGACGCGCGCGCGCGGUCGACCGAGGACGCGGACCCGUUCGCGAGGAACGAGGGGACGUCGAGAGUUUUGGAUAGAGCGCGCGCGCGCGCGACGGCGCGCGAGGACGACGCGGGCGAGGACGCGGUGGCGCGCGUGGUCGAGGACGUGGAGGCGAAGAGGGAGGCGACGAGAGCGGUUGUCGUUGAGAAGCCUGUGGUGGUGGAGCAACGAGCGGAGAAGCGGUCGAUGCCGACGGAGCAACAGGACACGAAGCAGUUGCUGAAUAAUCAACGCAUCAAGACGUAUAACAACGCGCCGGAAGAUUUCCCAGCCUUCAUCCGGGAAGGGUACGACGUCAAGGUGAUUCACGGGAACGAUUACGUCGAUCAAGAAAAUGGGCUCAUCGUGAAGGAUUACGUCAUCGGCGACGGGGCGAAGCCGGAGGACGGACAAGAGUGUACGUUUCAAUACGUCGCGUACAACGAAAACGGUGGAACGAUCGACAGCACGUACCGACGCGGUGCGCCCGCGUCGACGCGGCUCGGGAUCAACGGCAUGAUCCCAGGUUUCGAGAUCGGGCUGAAAGAGAUGCGCGUGGGCGGUAAGCGUCGGAUCGUCGUUCCUCCCGAGCUCGGUCCGCCGACGGGUCCCGCCACCUUCUUCUCCGCCAAGCAAUGGGAGAUCUUCGACAUCGAGCUCGUCGACGUCAAGUCGUGCACGCGAUCGGGCUUUGGAAUGGUAUCCAACGUCGUGUGCGAGUAG